CACCGUUUUUCAAUUGGGCGCGAACCAACCAAGAUGUCAAAGCCUUCGCUGCGAGGGUGCUAGCAGCGAGGCUAAACCACCUGAGAGACGAAUGCUCUCUGUUGCUAAUGUAACGUAGAAAGGAAACUCACGUCCAUCACUGAACAAAAUCUCCAAUGAAAACCCUAAUUGUGGCAUACCCAAUUAGCUACACAAAUUUCCAAUUAUCCCCUUCAAAUUUUCUUUUUCACUUUCCGUCACUUUCACCGGGAAAUACAAAAUUAAUUCAUGUUUCCCUUGCAAAAUCUUUCUGCAUUCCCAAACCCACCAACUGCUCCACCAUCAGUUCACCCGCCACCUCUGGUUCAGUCAGUUGCGGUGGUUGGGACGAUUUGAGUCUCGGUGGUGAUUUGGUCAGCUCAGGUGAGUCAAAUCAGCUUCGUGAUUUUCUUGUUUCUAGAGGAAUUGAUGACAAACAACAUGUUUUUAUGUUUCUAUUGGGGACUUUUUGUGCCUUUGCUAUUUCUAGGGUUAGGGUUUCGUCAAUUAUCAUAUUUCCUGCUUCUGUAUUGAUUUUUGCUAUUGGGUUUUCGCUUGGGUUUCUCCGUGGGGGGAGUUUCACUGAGUUUAGUGUGAAUGCAAGUAAGAAGAGGACAAAAGAUGAGAGCUUUAGAGUGCAUGCUGAAAGAUUGAGGAGUUUGGUUGGGGUGUUUGACGGGUUUUAUGCUAAAGUUGAUGAUUUGAAGAAUUCAAUACAAAGAGCUAUUGAUGCUAAAGAGAUUGAAUUGACUGAUUUGGAAAAUUAUAUGAAUGUCAUUGGAUUAAUACAGGCAUCGGCUUUGCAUUCUAAAAAUGUUGUUGAGGCCACCAUUGAUGGAAUAGGAAAUUCUAGCAGUGUGUUGGAAAACCAGAAGUCAUCCAGUAGAAAAAAGAAAGAGAUUGGAGAAGUUGGGUUAGAGAUCUUGCAAUUUGUUGGGGGUUUGUUUGGUGCAAAACUGGUAGAUUCAAAGCCUAAUAAAGUGAAAGACAAAGACAAUGUAAAGCAAGGGGCCGUGCAAGGUGUAGCAAAUGAUCAAGCUCAAGGAAACAGCUCAACUCUGGUGAUGGAAGACGGGAAUUCUGUUGAUAAUGAUAAAGGAAAUAGGUCUUCCAUGUAUACCAAAGAUCUAAAAAAUAAGUCUGCAUUAGAUUGGGACAGUGAAAGAAGAAAUAGAAUAAUAUCAGAAAAUGCCAAAAUGAACACAGGAGAAAAAGCUGGGAAUGUAAAGAGAUCUGUUGACUCUGAAGAGUAUUCUUACCAUAGUAGCAGAAUGAGGUUUGUGGAUAAUCAAUCUGUCUCAUGGAAGAUGAACCAAAAUAAUAAAACUGAAACAUGGAAAUCCAAUGACAAUCUGCGUGACUCUAUGGAUUUUGAUUUCAGUUACAAACAUAUGGAAACUGAAUCUUCCUUUGUUCAAGAGCAGAUGUUGAAGCAAUCUAGUGGUGCUUACAAGUCUUCUCACAGCAGGAAGAUUAAUGAUGAAACUUACAGAUCUCAAUUCAGAGAAGAGGGUCUAAAUGAUGAUUUCUGGUUGGCUGAUCAUCAUUCUGUAUGGGAUAGUGAAAUUGGUCCCUCUUCAUCUUCAGUAGUUUCAGAUGAUGUGAUGUUUGACAGGUAUAUUACUGAAGCAAACAACCUUCUGAAACAAGCUAAGGAAUAUAUAAGGAUAAAACAUGAUGAAGAGCAUGUGGAUAUUAUACUGUACAAGUCUGCCAAGUUAUUCUCUAAAGCCCUAACCAUGAAGCCCAUGAGUUUGUUGGCCAUUGGCCAAUUGGGCAACACAUAUCUCCUCCAUGGAGAACUAAAAUUAAAGAUCAGCCGUGAAUUGAGAACUCUUCUCUCAAGAAGGGAUCCCUUAUCGUUUGAAAAUCGACGUACAGUAGUAAAAGGAUUGGAUGAGCAAGUAGCAAAUAAAGAUAAAAUUGCAUCUGCUCUUGUUAAUGUGUGUGAAGAAUGUGAAGGACUACUUGUGGAGGCAGGCAGAAAAUAUAGGAUGGCAUUAUCAAUUGAUGGAAAUGAUGUAAGGGCACUGUACAAUUGGGGCCUUGCUCUCUCUUUCCGUGCUCAAUUGAUUGCAGAUAUUGGACCAGAAGCUGCUUUUGAUGCUGACAAAGUGUUCCUGGCUGCAAUUGAUAAAUUUGACGCUAUGAUGUCCAAAGGCAAUGUUUAUGCACCAGAUGCUUUGCUUAGAUGGGGUGUGGUUCUGCAGCAAAGAUCUCGUUUACGGCCACGGAAUAGUAAAGAGAAGGUGAAGUUGCUGAUGCAAGCAAAGCGACUCUAUGAAGAUGCACUCGAUAUGGACUCCAACAAUCUCCAAGUAAGAGAAGCUUUAUACUCAUGUGUAGCUGAGCUUAAUCGCAGGCUUCUUUAAUUGCCAGAAGAAUGAGUCCGAUCAAGAGCUCCUCAAUUGUAUUCUCUCCUUGCCCCUCUUGGUUUUCAUUCUCGGGGGUUAAUAUUUGCUGGCCAUCUUAUAUUCCUAUGAACAGAGAAUAAUAUUGGGAAUAAGAAAAACUCAGAAUAUUGGGAAUAAGAGAAACUCAGAAACCAAUCUUACUGUUUUCUACACAACAAUUGUCCAUCAUCAAAUCCAGGAACCAAUGUCUAUCAGUUAUGUUUCCUCUCGCUUCUCCUCGUGCCCUUCCUUUUCAGGGCCUCUUCAACUGACGCCGCAAUUGAUUUUUGUCAUUGAAACUCAGCGUUGUUGGGUUUUUUUCCCCCGAUAAGGAAGGGAUAUUUUUGAGUUACAGUGUUGCGAACAAAAGUCAUGUUAGGAAGAUGGGAAAAUUAUGCAUAUUUUUCCCCCUGAUAAGGAAGGGAUAUUUUUGAGUUACGGUGUUGCGAACGAAAGUCAUGUUAGGAAGAUGGGAAAAUUAUGCAGUGAACUAUGCAUGACUAGAAUCACAACGGUCCACUGCGAGAUAUAUCGAUUGUGUAGUUAUGUUAAUUUUUUCUGUAUGAGAAAAUAAUUUCUGAUGA